GUUAGGUGCUUCAAAGUUGGACAAAAUGAUUGCCCAACUUUAAUUAUCUUUAACUCAGCUUUUGGUUUCAGCAAUCCUCUACAGUCCACAUUGCUUUACCCUCAUUCUCUUUUCACCUCCUCCUGUUUUCUUCUUACUAUUAGAUCCUGAAGAAAGAACAACUCAUAGAAGGGAGAUUGUGUAGGCUGUAUUGGUGAGGUUGGAAUUGAAAGACAUGGCAUCAUCAUUUGCAGGAACAACCCAAAAAUGCAUGGCUUGUGACAAGACUGUGUAUUUGGUUGACAAAUUAACUGCCGACAAUCGUGUCUACCACAAAGCUUGCUUCAGAUGCCAUCACUGCAAAGGAACCCUCAAGCUUGGCAACUACAAUUCCUUUGAGGGUGUCCUUUAUUGCAGGCCACACUUUGAUCAACUUUUCAAGAGAACAGGCAGUCUCGAGAAGAGCUUUGAAGGGACACCAAAGAUUGUUAGACAAGAGAAACCUGUUGAUGGCGAGGUAAUUCACUUGGAUUAUAUAUGCUUUUUAUUAAUCAUACAAGUAUUUCCAACACAAAUGAUUAUGAGAUGCUUUGUACAGAAACCCAAUGCAGCUAAAGUCUCAAGUAUGUUUGCUGGAACCAGGGAGAAAUGUUUCGGCUGUAAGAAUACUGUUUAUCCAACUGAGAAGGUUACUGUCAAUGGAACUCCUUAUCACAAGAGUUGUUUCAAAUGCACCCAUGGAGGUUGUGUAAUUAGCCCGUCCAACUACAUUGCUCAUGAAGGCCGGCUGUAUUGCAAACACCAUCACAUUCAGCUCAUCAAGGAAAAAGGUAAUCUAAGCCAGCUUGAGGGUGAGCAUGAAAAGGAUUCCAUGAAUGGAAAAGAAGCUGCUGCAAAAUCAUAAUCUGCUGCAAUGUUUCAGUCCUUUCUCUUUGUCAUCCCAUUUUCUUCUGCCCUCCAUGCUGCCAGUGAUCAUAAUCAUUUUCCCUGCAGUCCAAAAGGCUAUAUGCUAAGACGUGAAAUUUUUGGUAUUUAAGUUGAAUUCCUGUGUGGUUUUGUUUGGCAUGUUAAAUACUUCGGUGUACUUGUGGAUGCUGAGUUGAGACACCAAGAACCUUUUGAUUUACAAUGUAUACUGUUGUGAGACGUCUUGAUGUGAUUUGUGAAUUCGUAUUGCAUCCUGUUAGUUUUAA